AUGGCCACCGUCUCAACACAAGCUUCUGCUGCCGUUUUCCGGCCAUGUGCGUCUAAGUCGAGGUUUCUCGCUGGGUCUCCUGGUAAACUGAACAGAGAAUUGUCGAUCAAACCAAUUACAUCGUCAUCUGCUACUUUCAAGGUUGAAGCCAAGAAAGGAGAAUGGUUACCGGGUUUGCCUUCUCCAGGUUAUCUUAAUGGCAGCCUUCCAGGUGAUAAUGGCUUUGACCCACUUGGGCUUGCUGAGGACCCUGAGAACUUGAGAUGGUACGUUCAGGCUGAGCUUGUGAAUGGUCGUUGGGCCAUGUUGGGCGUUGUAGGAAUGCUAUUGCCAGAAGUUUUGACAAAGAUUGGAAUCAUUAAUGCUCCUCAAUGGUAUGAUGCUGGCAAAGCAGAAUACUUCGCUUCAUCAUCAACCCUCUUUGUGAUUGAGUUCAUAUUGUUCCAUUACGUGGAGAUUAGAAGGUGGCAAGAUAUUAAGAACCCAGGAUGUGUUAACCAAGACCCCAUCUUUAAACAAUACAGCUUGCCUCCACAUGAAUGUGGGUACCCUGGGAGCAUUUUCAACCCCCUUAACUUUGCACCCACUCUUGAGGCCAAAGAAAAAGAGCUUGCCAAUGGGAGAUUGGCAAUGCUGGCUUUCUUAGGAUUUGUGAUUCAACACAAUGUGACUGGCAAAGGACCAUUCGAGAACCUCUUGCAGCACCUCUCAGACCCGUGGCACAACACCAUUGUCCAAACAUUUAGCAGCAACUAA